CCCGGCUCCUGCUUGGACAGGGGGCGGGAUUAGAACGCACGACCCCUGACUCCCAAGCCCGGGCUGCUCCCGCAAAACCCACCGAUGGAUUUCAGAGCGGAUGCAGGCAGCGUGGUCCCCUGGCAGGUCACACGCCUGGCCCUGGAUUGGCCCGUUUUGGACGCCCCCUGAGGGGUCCCUGCGGCCAUGGGGUCCUCGGGCCCCGUCCCGGCGGGCACCGCCCUGCUCGACCUGCCCCCGCUACUGUUGGGACGCCUCUGCGCCCUGCUGGACGGCGCCCACGGCCCCCUCGGGUGGAGGGACCUCGGGGAGGAGCGGGACGAGAGAAUUACUAUGGUCCUGGGCGCAGAAAAACAAGACCGUCGGUGACCUUCUGCAGGUCCUGGAGGACAUGGGCCAUCAGCGAGCCAUCGACUGCCUCACCAACCCAGGAGAAUCGCUAAAUAUUUCGCCAAGUCAGACCUGUCAAAGAGAUGGAUUUCAAAGUCGGGCUUCCAAGAAAACAGCUGACUCCGCAGUUGGUAAUGAAGUUCUUUCUCCUCCUAAGUACCAGCAUCAAGGAAUACGCCCUAAAGCCUCAAUCGAUUUUAAAAGCAUCAUAGAAGGAACGGGAAACUUCCACGGUGACUUGCUAAUUGGAGAAGGGGAAUUUUUCCAAGUCUACAGAAUGGAGUUUGAAAAUCAAACAUAUGCCAUUAAAUUAUUUAAACAGGAGAAAACUAUGCAGAGUAAGAAAUACUGGAAGCCAUUUUUCUCAGAACUGGAAGUUUUACUCCUGUUUCAUCAUCCAAACAUCUUGGAACUGACCGCAUACUUUAUAGAGGCGGAAAGAUUCUGUUUGGUGUAUCCGUUCAUGAGACAUGGUUCGCUUUUUGACAGAUUACAGUGUUUGGGUAACACGGCCCCACUUUCUUGGAAAGUUCGCCUCGGUGUAUUGAUCGGGGUUGCCCGAGCCAUCCAGGUCUUACACAGUGCUAAACCGUGUUCCGUCAUCAGUGGCAGCAUAACCAGCACAAACAUCCUUUUGGACGAUCAGUUUCAACCCAAAUUAACCGAUUUUGCUACGGUGCAUCUGCAACCCCAGACUGACUGCCGCAGUUUUACCGUAAGCACCAAGAACAAUGCAGCAAAGCACUUGUGGUACAUGCCCGAAGAGUAUUUAAGACAGAGCAGACUUUCCACUAAGACAGACGUCUACAGCUUUGGAAUUAUUAUUAUGGAAGUUCUGACGGGUUGCAAGGUGGUGAUGGAGGAGCCGAAACACAUCCAGCUGAGGGAUCUCCUCAUGGAGAUGAUGGAGAAAAGAGGCCUUGAUUCCUGCUUCUCAUUAUUGGACAAGAAAGUGGAGGCGUGUCCUCGGAAUUUCUCUGCGAAACUGCUCACGCUAGCUGGCCAGUGUGCCACGUCCCGUGCCAAGUCUAGACCUUCCAUGGAUGAAGUCCUGGAAACCCUGGAGAGCACUCGUCCGGCUCUGUAUUUUACCGAAGAUCCCCCCGCGUCAUUGCGGUCCUUCAGGCCUCCUUCCCCUCUUUUCCUAGACCUCUUACCGAGCGUCCCAGUGGAAGACGAUGAAAAUCUCCCUCUUUCCGGGGAAGAACCGAACCGACAUGGGGUGGACCGGAAAACCCCACUCGAAUGCAGUCAGUCCGAAGUCACGUUUCUGGGCUGCGUCCAAAGAGUAGCCACUGAUGAUGCUUCCCACGGGGCCAGUGGGGAAGGUGGAGGACCGUCCAAAUCUGACGCUUACCUCUGGCCCUUCACAGCCGGCUGUGUGGAACCCGGCUCCCUGGCCGAGGCUGCCGGUUUUCCUCAUGAGAUCCGGUCGGGAGAUGGCUACCGUCCACCCGUGGGCUAUAGGGGGGACUCUGAAGAGGACACGAAGGGUGGUUUAAGAAUGAUUCUCCCUGAAGAGAAAGAAAAAGAGAGGUGUCUUAAUUCUAAACCCUUAACUUCGGAGGGAAGCAACACACUAUAACUGCAGAGGUGUUAUUGAAGUAAUGUCAGGAACUUUGGCAUUAAUGGAAUUUCAGACUUUAAGAAAAAGGCUAACCUUUCUUUUACAAUACCGAAGAAAUACAAUACUUUUAUAUAAGUAAACUUUAUUUUUUCUAAAA